GCCCUGGCAAGAAACAGCUGGCAGUUUUAUCAACAUUUAUAAACUAUAAUGAUUAAAGCCAUUCUUGUGUUUAACAACCAUGGAAAGCCAAGACUUUCCAAAUUCUACCAGUAUUUUGACGAAAGCCUGCAACAACAAAUAAUCAAGGAGACCUUCCAGCUGGUAUCCAAGCGGGACGAUAAUGUUUGCAAUUUCCUAGAGGGCGGCAGCUUGAUUGGCGGAUCAGAUUACAAGCUUAUCUACCGCCACUAUGCCACGCUGUACUUCGUGUUUUGCGUGGACUCCUCGGAGAGCGAACUGGGAAUCCUUGACUUGAUUCAGGUAUUCGUGGAGACCCUUGAUAAGUGCUUUGAGAAUGUCUGCGAGCUGGACCUGAUAUUUCACGCCGAUGCCGUCCACCACAUUCUGUCAGAACUGGUCAUGGGCGGUAUGGUGCUGCAAACCAACAUGAACGACAUAAUGGCCAGGAUCGAAGAGCAGAACAAGAUCGUCAAACAGGAGGCGGGCAUCUCGGCUGCGCCAGCACGCGCUGUGAGCGCCGUAAAGAGUAUGAACAUUCCUCAACAGAUUAAGGACAUCAAGCUACCUGAUCUGCCGCAGGCAAUUAAGGACUUUAAGUUCUGACAAAUUUCUUCAAGAAUUUCCAAUGGCACUCUACGUUCAUGGACUGCUGAUACAUUUAAACUAGGCCUCAUUUAUCCAAUGUAUCUCCCUUUACCGAAUAAAUAUAUAUAUGCAAUUUAACUAUA